GGUGCCGAAGCCUUCAUCACGUUCAGUGCCCGCUGCCCAGACGGUGACGACAGACAUGUGGACUCCUGUGGUUGUGUUGCUCCUGGUGGCGUCGGUGAAGGCUGUGGCUGAGGCGGAGGCCGAGGCCGAGGCCGAGGCAGACCCGGAACCCUUCCUUCCACUGGUGUACCCGCAGUAUGCCACCACCUGGGCUGCACAGCAGUUCGGCACACCGUCAGAGAUAUCUGCCGCCGGGGCCUUCGCCACACAACGUCAAGAAUUAUACCCAGAAUCCUCAAACUUUGGUUUUCGUCCGGCAAAGUCACCUCCGUCUCCUCUCUUCGCCAUCCGUGACGUCCAUACUCCUCAACGUGUCAUCGCGGACCAUCGUCAGCCCUCAUUCACAAAUGCUUUCCCGGUAUUGCGUCAGCCUUUCGUUUAUGCUCCUCAAAUUCCUCAGUCGCUCCUGAUUCACACUAUCCACCUGCGUGUCCCUGAUACAACCGAGCAAGACCACAUCCCCGUCCCUGUGACGGCGCCCACAUCACUUAGCUUCGCCAGCCAGCAUACAGCCCAGAUCCCCUUCAUCCGCCAAGGCUCAGGACCCACCUUUUUGGGUCUUAUUCCUUUUCCCUCCUACCCCUCCUUCACUCGGCAGGCCGGUCUUGGCCCCACAACGGGCACCAGGGUCUCUGAAGAAGAAAAGGAAGACGACGAUUCAAGCCUUAAUUACAUCCUCCUGCCACACUUCCCGACACAACUGGCACCUCUGACGAGUCUCAGAGACAUGGGCAGUGAACCGGUCAUACCUGCUGGCAUCGUUCAGUCCACACAGCCAAUCUUCAGAGAGGUCUUGUUCAGGAACGACAAGGCUCACCCAAGCCUCCUAGACAAGAAACCUGCGAAGGACGGCGCUGUGGAGACUGUGUAAACUCCUGUCAAGUGUCUGUUUGCCUGUGUAUGUGUGUGUAUGCAUACCCAGGAGACCCUCUCGGCUU